AGUAGUGUUGAGUGCGAUUACAUCAACGUUCCGACCACUGUAUUCACACCACUUGAAUACGGCGCCUGUGGUUACUCAGAGGAACAGGCCGUCCAAGAGUUCGGCGAAGACAACAUCGAAGAACGGCUAUUGGGUUUCCAUUAUUUGGGUCCAAAUGCAGGGGAAGUGACACAACUGGUAGGCAUUCCCCUUAAGAUGAAAGCCACUAAAGGAGAUCUCGACGCACUUAUUGGCAUUCAUCCGACUAGUGCUGAGAUUUUCACAACACUUUUGGUAACGAAAAGAAGUGGUCAGUCGGCUGAAGCAAAGGGUUGCUGAGGUUAAUGUCGGACUGCUAUCCAUUUCAUCAAAACUCUAAUAUCUAUUAGACUUUGAAGAUAGCAGUCAUUCGGAUAAUAAGAUUUUGAUGUCUUUUCAAUUCACUAUAAAUGAAGGAUUAGUUUAUAAAAUCUCUAACAGAGACUGAACUAAACCUGAAGUUAAGGAUUGAUAAUUGAAUCAAUUGUUAUUAUACCAAUUUAUAUUUUAGUCAAGGUUAUUCUAAAUUUGAUAAUUAUCUAGUUUAAAUUAGACGCGUAAAUCCAUUAAAAUGAAUUCUAGUUUUUAUACAUAAGUUGUACCAAAUACAGUUUAUCACAAAUAAUAUUUUACAUAAAUUUUUAUGUACGGUAUAGCAUUAUAUCCUAUUACAGUAUCUUAAAAUGGUACAGUAAUUAUUGUUAGUAUUGACUGUACUUAAUUAUUGACAUAAUUAAAUAUUUUAAUGUACAGGCAUAUAUACUUUACAGUAAUAUAUACAAUUUAAUUCACUGUUUGUAAUUUUUAACUAGACCUUACAUUGGUAUGCACAAACUAUAAGUGUAUAUUACUGUACCAAUAAGGCGUGGUUCACAUAUUACGUUCGCACUUUUUGAGAAAUCUUGACCCUUCGCAAUUGUUCACAUGUAACCAUUUUAGAAAAUUACGUUCGCAUGUCACUAACCCCUCCCCACCCCUAUGAAAUCAAAUAUCACUAAAUUUAUAUAUAAUUUAAUUAAAAUUAAAUCAAUCAAUUAAAUCAUUAAUUAUAAACAUAGAAUCGACAGUAAUUUUAGAAAUAGUGCUAGAGGUGGUCAUGUUAGAAAUGUUUUUAUAAAAUUAUCUUCACUUUCAAAAUAUUUCAUAAACUGGAAAUUAUUUCUAUUCAAAGUUCAUUUAUUUAUUCAAAGUUAUCAAACAGUUGUUUUCAAAAAAAUUAACUUUGAUAAAAAUUAAUCCUUUAAAUUCUUAAAAUUAUUUUCUUAAAUCUAUAAUAUGCGAACGUUCUUAAGGUCUCGACCCCCUUCCCCCCUCGUUCGCAAAAGUUCACCUUUUAANUCGACAC